CUUCUCCUUGUCCCUCUCUCUUUCGGCAGACAUAUCUGUUCCCUUCUCCGACCCUCGCUUCCUCUUUUCCUUUCUUCUACCGUUCUACGCUUACAAUGCCCUCCUGAUAAUUUCCAUUUCAUGUCUCUCCCCACCAAACGCUCAGCCACCAGCGACGCCACCACUGCCUCCACCUCUCCUCCUUCUCCUCCCCCUCCUCACUUCCCCCCUAUGAAAAAGGCCAAGUCCCAAGCCCUCGCUUUCGACCCCAAAAACGGCCUACACCACCACCAAGACAACACCGCUCACAGCAACAACGUCGUCGUUUUCGAUCCCUCCUCUAUGGCCCUAGACGACGAUCUCAAGCCCGACGACUCCUCUGCGCCCCCUCGCUCCGUCGCCGCCAAUUUGUCCCGGAAGAAGGCCCAGCCACCCCAGCCUGCUAAGAAGCUCGUUAUCAAGCUCCUCAAAGCUAAACCAACACUGCCUGCAAAUUUUGAAGAGGAUACAUGGGCAAAGCUGAAGUCGGCUAUAUCUGCUAUCUUUUUAAAGCAGCCAGAUCCUAUUGACUCAGAAAUACUUUAUCAGGCUGUUAAUGAUCUUUGUCUGCACAAAUUGGGGGGAAAUCUUUAUCAACGGAUUGAAAAGGAGUGUGAAGCACACAUAUAUGCAGCGCUGCAAUCCUUGGUUGGCCAAAGCCCAGAUUUGGUGGUUUUUUUAUCACUCGUCGAGAGAUGCUGGCAGGAUCUUUGUGAUCAAAUGUUGUUGAUUCGUGGUAUAGCCUUGUAUCUAGAUAGAACAUAUGUGAAGCAAACACCUAGCGUACGAUCACUGUGGGACAUGGGAUUGCAGCUUUUCCGCAAACAUCUUUCAUUGUCUCCAGAAGUUGAGCACAAAACUGUCACUGGCCUUUUAAGAAUGAUUGAGAGGGAAAGAUUAGGUGAAGCAGUUGAUAGAACUCUUCUUAACCAUCUUUUGAAGAUGUUUACUGCUCUAGGAAUUUACUCAGAAAGCUUUGAGAAGCCAUUCCUUGAGUGCACAUCUGAGUUUUAUGCUGCUGAAGGAAUGAAAUACAUGCAGCAAUCAGACGUUCCAGAUUAUUUGAAGCAUGUGGAGACAAGGUUGCACGAGGAACAUGAAAGAUGUUUACUCUACCUGGACGCAAGUACAAGAAAGCCACUAAUUGCAACUGCAGAAAAGAAACUCCUUGAACACCACAUAUCUGCCAUUCUUGAUAAGGGCUUCAUGAUGCUAAUGGAUGGCAACCGUAUUGAGGACCUUCAGAGGAUGUAUUCACUGUUUUCAAGGGUGAGUGCUCUUGAAUCACUAAGGCAAGCUCUUAGCUCAUACAUUCGCAGAACUGGGCAGGGCAUUGUUAUGGAUGAAGAGAAAGACAAAGAUAUGGUGUCGUCCCUUUUAGAAUUUAAGGCUUCGCUUGACACAAUAUGGGAAGAAAGCUUUUCCAAGAAUGAUGGAUUUUGCAACACCAUUAAGGAUGCAUUUGAGCAUCUCAUCAAUCUCCGUCAGAACCGGCCUGCUGAGCUGAUUGCAAAGUUUCUGGAUGAGAAGCUUCGUGCUGGGAAUAAGGGUACUUCUGAGGAGGAAUUGGAGGGUACACUCGAUAAAGUUCUGGUUUUAUUCAGAUUUAUCCAGGGCAAGGAUGUGUUUGAAGCAUUCUACAAGAAGGAUCUUGCGAAAAGGUUGCUUUUGGGAAAGAGUGCUUCUAUUGAUGCGGAGAAGUCGAUGAUCUCUAAGCUGAAGACAGAGUGUGGCAGCCAAUUUACAAACAAACUUGAGGGAAUGUUCAAAGACAUUGAAUUAUCAAAAGAGAUAAAUGAAUCCUUCAAACAAUCAUCCCAGGCCAGGACAAAACUCCCAUCAGGGAUUGAGCUGAGUGUGCAUGUUUUAACAACAGGGUACUGGCCAACAUAUCCGCCCAUGGAUGUCAGACUGCCUCAUGAAUUGAAUGUCUACCAGGACAUUUUCAAGGAGUUCUACUUGAGCAAGUACAGUGGAAGGCGCUUAAUGUGGCAAAAUUCACUAGGUCACUGUGUGUUAAAAGCCGAAUUUCCUAAAGGUAAAAAGGAGCUGGCCGUUUCACUAUUUCAGACUGUUGUGUUAAUGCUCUUUAAUGAUGCGGAGAAGCUAAGUUUUCAAGAUAUUAAGGACUCAACCGGGAUUGAGGAUAAGGAACUGAGGAGGACUCUGCAGUCCCUUGCAUGUGGGAAAGUUCGAGUCCUACAAAAGUUGCCUAAGGGUAGAGAUGUGGAGGAUGAUGAUUCAUUUAUGUUCAAUGACAUAUUUACGGCUCCUCUUUACCGUAUAAAGGUAAAUGCAAUCCAAAUGAAGGAAACAGUGGAGGAGAAUACAAGCACCACCGAAAGAGUAUUUCAGGACCGUCAAUAUCAGGUUGAUGCUGCCAUCGUUCGAAUAAUGAAGACUAGAAAAGUACUGAGUCACACGCUUCUGAUAACCGAACUCUUCCAACAGCUCAAGUUUCCAAUAAAGCCAGCUGAUUUGAAGAAAAGGAUUGAAAGCCUGAUUGACAGGGAGUAUCUGGAGCGUGACAAAAACAACCCGCAGAUAUACAAUUACUUGGCGUGAUCAAUCUCUUUUUUACUCUCCCUUUGUAAAUGACAUGGGAGACUUCUGUCGUCUGCAGAGAAAGGCAGGAUGUUAAUCUCUUGUCAGAUUCAUGUACAGUAAUUCGUAGUUUUCAUUUUUGUUGCGGUCAAUACUGAGAAAUUGUAAAGCAUAUUUAAUCGCUGUUCUGAAACUUCUCUUUCUUUACAAGACUUGAUAUGCUUGAUGAUAAUCGAACACUUUCUGGCAAAAGGGUCAGUGAAAAAAAAAAAAAAAGACAAAAAAAAGAAAAAGAAAAAAGAAAAAUGAAAAAGUAAAAUCCCUGUUUGAGGCAAGUGGGAGUGUGUAGGGUGCUCUGUUUAUUAACAGGGAAAGUACUCGAAAUACUGACUGUUGUAUUAUAUACUCGUUUAUAUUUAGACAACAUUUACCAUAAUGCUAUCUUCAUAAGACAAGUUUAAUGGAAUGCCAUGUUUUGUUUUCC